GGACUGCAUUGCGCGACCCUCCAUAGUUUCUUGGCACUGCAGUCAUUUGCUUUGCCCACCUGCACAUCCUUUCCACGCCCUCACCAAGCCAUCAUUCGCCGGGGGUCUCUCGUUAACAGGAAAGGCUGGCACGGAAACGCUCGCCUUCCUCCCCUUAUCUCAUUGGUAGUUGCGAGCCGCGGGGAAUCAAAUAAAGUCGUCCUAGCUGUGCGGUUUCUCAGUCCCCGCCCCCUAAUUUCUUGUCCCAAUGCAAUACCGGUGCGAUGAAUGGGCGGGGAAACCUGUUGCCGUCGAUUGAUUGGCCCAGUGCGAGUGACGCUCAAAAGGUUACUAUCAGCACGAGGCGCAGAUAAGCAGACGAGGGCGGUCCGCUUAGGCGUGCAGUUCACGUCAUUCCUUUUCCGGAGAAGGGAACGAGACAUACACAUAUACAGUACAGUACUGUAGUGAAGUGGAGGAGAUCCAGGAGGAGUAGAAAAUCCCGGGGGGAAGGAAAACAGUUACUAAUGGUGCGACAGCUGUAUGAGUGUGCCAGCCGGGCAGGAGUACUGGAGUAACAAGUAACAGAAGGAGGAAAAUGAGCACAUGUCGCUGGUGUACCCCUGGUGGCCAGGAGGCCACUUGUUUUUUGAAGAGGUACGCUUCUGGAACUCUCUCUACAGAGGAAAAGGAAGCCGCCAAUGAAGAUCUUAGCUUCUGUUUUGAGUGUGUUGUGGAGUAUCACAGAGCCAGAGAUCAACUGCCAUCAUUCCACAAGAUUCUGUGGAAACUGGAAACCUUUCGCUUGAUCAGUCAUUUGGAAAAAGCCAUGAAAGGGGAGCCAAACCAGGAUGAUCUGUAUAUAGUGGAAGACCAUCAAGAAAUCCAAAUUUCUAAUGUUACGGGUUCUGAUUUAGAAAAUAACCUUCGGAUUCCCUUACUUGAAAUAAUGAAAUAUCCUUAUCUACUGUUACAUCUGCAGAUAGGUGAUCUGUGUGUUGAAGCCUUCCAUAAAAUAGAAAGUGAUCACUCCUUCCAGGUUUUUGAAAAGCAUGCAGCGAUUUACCUUCUGCUUGUUCAUCCUGAUGAAAUCAUUCGGAAAUGGGCAAUUCGUACUGCAAGAUCCUUGGGAAAGGUGGAUCGUGAUGAUUUCUAUGACCUCCAGGAUGUGGUUAGCUGUAUGUUUAAGGUCAUUGAGCUGGAUCUGUUUGUGAACUCUGAUAUAUACAACUCUGAAGGAAUGGAAGAGGGCAAGCUGAUUCUGCUUCCACCUCACCUCUAUGAGGCCAACAACUAUAAAAACUACUGGUUAGGUAUCUGCAUGCUGUUGACAGUCCUGGAUGCACAGGCUAUGGAUACUUUGUUAUUGGGACCUGACAGACAAAGUAACCUCAUGCAGUCAAUCCUUAACACCAUGGAGAAGAGGCCAGAAGAUGAUGAUCAGGAUCCCUUCUGGCCUGCAUUACAGUGUUUUAUGGUAAUUCUGGAUCGGCUUGGCUCAAAGGUGUGGGCCAUGCUGAUUGACCCAAAUGCUACUUUUCAGACCAUAAUUAGAAGUCCUAGUUACAACAAAGAGGUUGAACAUCUUCGCAGAAAUACCUCCGGACCUAGAGUUAAAGUUGAGCCCGAGGCUGAUGAUGACAUGGUGACCUGCAGUCAAAUUGUGUACGACUGUAACACAAAUAAGCAAAGCAAGGAUGCAGCCAACAGACACCCCAUGGGAAUUGAGAACUGCAUAGUCAUGUAUGAAGAAAUGCAGUCUCUUGUCAAUGUGCUCCAGUCCGAUAUCGGUCAGGACAUUCGUAUUCAUGACAGCACCUUCUUGUGGUUUUUCCCGUUUGUCCGGUCCGUCAUGGAUCUGAACUCACUGAGUGUGGUCUACGUUGGAGAGAUCAUUCACCACCUGCACACAGAAAUCAAAGACCUCUUAAAUGGUCGGCUUCAGCAUUGUGAUAAAGUCACAGAAUUUUUUGUCCUCAUUUUAGUUUUUGUUGUUGAACUCCACCGGAGUAAAAACUGCAUGAAUCUGCUGUGGUACACCUCUCACUGCUGGAUUGAAGUGCUUGUGAAAUGUGCCACCGUUUGUAGCCCUGCCUUUAGCCAACCCACGGACAGCUCUUCACGAGUGUCUUCGACCACAUCUGUGCACCCUCAGGUGAUUGGGGUGGUCCCUCAGGCUUGCAUUCAAUUAAUACGCAGCCUUUUAAGAGAUGGGUGCCAGCUGUAUCCGGAACUUUCUUGCAAGCAGUAUUUAGACAUGUUGAACCGACAGAUGCGCAAAGGCUUCAAUCAAGGAUGGAAUCUCAGUUCUGCUCAAUUGCAAGACCUACAGAGCUGUUUAAUGUCGCUUGUUAAAAACAUGCGAAAUCUUGUGCCUUCAGUGAAGAACGUAUCGCCUCCUGAAGAACCCACUCUGAACUCGAAGCAUGAAAACGCCAGAAGGGAAUCUGAACAAAGACACUUUGAAUGCCGAGAUGAGCAGCACGGUACUCCAUCGGACCAACAAUGUGGUGUUCAUCUUAAAAAAGAACCUCCUUGGGAUGAAGGGUUUUGUGUGCGUUCUUGUCACGAGCAGACAAGGCCUGCAAAGCAGAAUGAGAAGAGCUGCGGCUUGGCAGGAAAAGCUUUCAAUAAAGAUGAGGAAUCUGUGUCCGACUCACACACUUCUGUCCAGGACAGAUUGCACUACUUAAAAUCCAAACUGAAUUCCGCUGACCUGUUGUCUAAACUUUCGAAGGUAAUAUCCCCUUCUCAAAUCAAAAAGGAAAGAGUCGAAGAUUGUUCCGUUAGUGAGAAACGUGCCUCGAGCCACGACAACACCAAAGAACAGAAGGAGAAAAGCCUUGUGGGUGAGACAUCGGCUGUGCCCCGAAGUAUAAAGCAAGAACCCAAAUGGCCAACUAGCAGGCAGCAACCCUUCGGUGAUGACGGUGAAAGGAGAAGUAGCAGCGAUGAUGAUGUUCCACUGACAGUGUUAAAAUCCAGUUUAAGGAAAAAAGCUGCUGUUGCGACGGACGUUCAGGACACUUUGACUCCUUCACAGGUCGAUAAAGAUCUCGGCUUCCUCUCUUUAGCUGCACUGACGAAAAGUUUUAACUUUCCAGACACCUCAAGCCAGGAGUCCUCCAUGCAGUGUCCAAACAGAGUUGAGAGAAAAGUGAAACGAAUGAAAAAGAAAUUGGAGGCUGACAAUAUUGCAGUGGUGGAGGUAAGCACUGUCAAAGAUCCUGUGAUUGUAAUAUCUGAUUCCUCCGAUGAAGAUGCCUGCCUGUCUGAAAAUGAACCCGAAGCAAACCGAGAGGAGGUGUCGGAGCCUUCCCAUGGCCGAGCUGCCGAGAAAACUAGUGAAGAAAAUCUUGGCCUAAAUUCUCCAGUCUCUCUUGAGUGCGAUUCACAGUGUUUUGAACAUGAGACUCAAGAUGACAUCUACUCAGCCUGGGAAAAGGAUGAUGGGAACUUGAAGGACUCCAGUGGCACAGGGGCUCCGAGCCCAGUGCCCGUUGAAAUGUAUGAUAACUGGGGGUAUGAUACCGAUUAUGUGCCAGAUGAUCAAAUUGAAAUGGUGGCAGCGGAGGCUGAAGAACAGCUUAGAUGUGCAGAGGGACUUAACCAGAAUACCAGUUCAGCAUCUUCUGUAUCAGUAGCAAUUACAAAGAAAACUGAAGCCAAAGUGAGCCCCCUGGGAGAAAGCACACACCAGAGGAAGCUCUGUGGGGUUAAAAGUGCUGGUGUAGAAGAAGCGGCUGCAGCCACCUGUGCCACAGACGGGUACAAGAAAGCCCAAACGCUUGUACAACCAGAAAAAACUGCAAAAUCAACUACGUGUCUUUCAGCAGAAAAGUCAAAGGCCACUAAGGCAUCUCCUCAAAGCAUUGAGAAAAACGUGCCUUCAACAUCCCAUUUAUUAGAAAAAAUGCCACCCACUGCCUCGGCAUCUGCGGUUGUGCCUACUGAAACGGUACGUCCGCAGGAAGACUUGUGUAUUGCCGAGAGGCUUUGCUUGAAGAAGAAACCACGUCAGGGGGAGGUGUCUCAAAAUUCCUUGAGCAGCAUUGAAGAGCUCCGUAGGCAAGGACGAGAUGUGCAACUAGAUAAUCGAAGCCGGAGGAUUCGAAAGAGUAAAGGAAACCAUUCCCUCCGCCCUCAGAAGUCAGUGGGCAAGGGUAUAUCUAAGAUGAAUCCUCAGUACCUCCAAUUUCUUCUACAGUGCAGACCAAAGGAUUUACAGAAGACUUCAAAAAUGCCCCCUUCUGCACCUGCACCUCCUAAGCAAGCCAUUCCUUGCCAAAGUAACUCCUUUUUCGGCAAGGUAAGUGAUGUGGCAUCACCGAAGCUUCCACCGCCGAAGAAGGCUGAGCCGAUGUCUAAUGACAUGAAAAAGGCUGCGUACAAAGACAUUGACUUCUUUCCUCUGUCUCAGCUUGGUCCAGAUUCUGAGGAUGAGGAUGACAAUAUGAAGCAGGCUGGUACUUCUGCUGCAGAUAAUCCAGAGCAAGGAGUAAAUUGUGACCAGAGCCUUCAUCCUUCACUAGCACGAGAAAAAGAUCAGCCUGGUGUGGAAAACAGUAAAGCAGAAAAUGAAGAUGAUGAUGAUGAUGAAUGGAAUUUGACCCAGCCUGAUCCCAUUGAUAUGGAAAUGUGCUCUCAGGUAGAAACUUCAGAUGAUUUUGGUCUCGACCAGAAUGUUCCAGUAGGUCAGGGCUCUGUGGGCGACUUGUACGGUCUAAGGCCUUCCAUUAAACCUGCAAAUAACCAGCCUGCUGCUGUCCAGACAGAAGGCUUAGCAGCUCCAAAACCACUAGUGGAAGCAAAGAAAGAUGAGCAUGUAUUCCUUGUGCCAGGAAUGCCCAUAUCUGAGCAGAAAGCUCUGAAACCUUCCACAACAAAGAUCUACGCCUCCACCAGUCGAAGUGCUACCUUAGCUCAGGAGCUGGAGAAACCCACAAAAACGGCUAGUAUAAAAAAAAUUGUUCGUCCACUCUUGCCUUCGAGGAGCACAGCUCUGCCCGCUCCUGCCAGGCCUCCACCAGUUAACGGACAAGAGCGUGAAAUGAUAAGUAAUGUAUCGCACAGGGUCAACAUCCCCCCAAACCCCGUUCUGUCCAUACCCAGGCCUGUGAUGCAUCAGAACCCUGAUACCCUUAAAGCCACCUCCUUACUCCCAGCCAACCUUGACCCCAAAUUCUUCAUACAAGAAAUCCUGAAGUGGUCCUAUGAGAUGUUUGACAACUUUCCUCAGUUUGGAGCUCCAGAUAAUCUGUGCAAGUUUCCAUUAAAGGAGGUACCGGACAGAUUCCAGUCCUUUGAGGAGUACUUUUGUACAUUUUACCCUUUGCUGAUGAUGAACACGUUUGAGGAGAUGGUCCAGGAGUGGUUGAGGAAUAGCAAACCCAAUAAAGCAUAUGAAACAACAUUGACCAUUAAAACAGUGGAGUGUCCAUAUAGAUACUACUCGGGAACUUUUACAGCGACCCUGCAUAACAGCCAGGUGCAGAGACAGCUGUAUCCCAAAGAAGAUGACAUGGUCUUCCUGUGGCUUCCUCAGUAUUUGAAUCCAUAUACAAAUGAUGAGAGAGAAGUGGAGUCUGUCCCGUAUGUUGGCUAUGUCUCCAAGUCUGCGGUUGUCACAGGUCAAAACGACAGAAGUGCAAUUCUUCAUGUUACGAUUGAGACUAGCGGCAAUAUAUCCGUAAUAAACAAUCAGCCUGUCAAGUGCAAAGUGAUUGGAUCGCUGGUGAGCGCUGGCAGAGUUUUUAAGGCCUUGUACUCGCUCCGGAAUGGCUUCAUGACCAAACUUUUGCUCACUCCUCAAGUGACCUAUUUUAAACCAACAUCCCAAGAGCCAACAUCUGAUUGGAAUUUUGAGGAUUUUAAUGGUGAGCAAAUAAAGGCGAUCAACAGUGCAUUUUCAAUGACAAGGCAGCCUGUAAGGACUCCAAAAAUAUGUUUGAUUCAUGGACCACCAGGAACUGGCAAAACUAAAACCAUCGUUGGGCUCUUGCAGUUGAUAUUUUUUAAGGUUCACAGAAAUGAAAAUUUUAUACAAAACCAGCGUUUGAAGAGCAAACGGCCAAGAGUCUUACUUUGUGCUCCGUCUAAUGCUGCAGUUGACCAUCUCAUGAAAAAGGUUAUUCUGUGCUUUAAGAAUAAAUGCAAAGAUGAGCGACGACUACCAUUGGGUAACUGCGGAGAUAUAAAUCUGGUACGGCUUGGAAUGGAGAAAUCCAUUAUGAAGGAUCUCACAGCUUUUAGUUUGGAUAACCAGACUAAAGCCAGAAUAGAGCGAACAAACUCUGAACAGGACCGGAUUAUUGACCGACAUAUACAAGAUCUCGAUGCCAGGCUUGAGAAUCUCUCCCAUAUGUGUGCACAGUUUAAGAAAGAUCAUGCUAAGUACCAAGUGCUCAUGGAUGAAAAGUUGCAAUUGUUAAAAGACCGAGAAAGACUCGGCAGACAGCAGAAACAGACCCGAAUACGAAAGCAGGAAGCACAAACCAGAAUCCUCCAGGAUGCCCAUGUGAUUUGCUGCACCCUGAGCACCAGUGGCAGUAUCUUGUUGGAAGUAGCCUUCAGGAGAUUAGGACAAGAUCCAUUCACUUGUGUGAUUGUAGACGAGGCUGGGCAGGCUACGGAGACAGAGACUCUUAUUCCACUUACCUACAGAUCUGCCACAUUGGUCCUUGUUGGAGACCCUGAACAGCUGCCCCCUACAGUUGUAUCAAAGAAAGCCAAAGAGAGAAAGUAUGACCAGUCAUUGAUGGCUCGGCUAUGGAAGUGCCUGCACCGGGAUAUUAAGCAGAACCUUGGCAUCCAGAACCCGAUUAAUUUUCUUACCAUGCAGUACAGAAUGCACCCUGAUAUAUGCCUGUUUCCUUCAAAUUACAUCUACAAUAGGGCCCUAAAAACAGAUGGAGAUACAGCGGCGCAGAGAUGCAGCAUCCGAUGGCCUUUUCAGCCAUAUUGUAUCUUUGAUGUUGUGGAUGGCCGUGAAACAAGGGAAGGAGAUUCCUUUGUCAACCAUCAAGAAGUGAAGCUCGUGAUGGAGCUGAUUAAGCUGGUUGUAGAGAAACAAAAAGGACGUGUUGGAGUCAUAACUCACUAUAGCGCCCAGAAGAACAGAAUCCGAGAAAUCCUCAACAAAGAAAAGAAAAAGGAUCCGAUGAAGCUUUUACAGUGUGUGGAGGUCGACACUGUGGAUGGCUUCCAGGGUCAAGAAAAAGACUGCAUUAUAGUUUCCUGUGUACGAGCCAGCAGUUCAAAAGGCUCAAUUGGGUUUGUGGGAAAUAAACAACGAUUAAAUGUUACACUGACAAGAGCAAAACAGAGCCUGUUUAUCUUGGGGCAUUUGAAGACCCUCAUGGAUCACAGAGAUUGGGGUGCAUUAAUACAAGAUGCUUACAAACGAGGCAACAUCAUCAAAACUCAAGAUAAAGACUACAAAAAAGAUGCUCUGUGGAUUUUCAAACCUGAGCCUGCCUUGACCCGCAGUUUAUCGUAUCCCCCGGCAGACUCCUCCAGAUCCCAGCCUAAGCCUCAGGGGUCUUCUCCGGCACAGACCAGUAGCAACCAAGGCCUCAUGCCACCAGCCUCUUCUCACUCUGCAGCCCCCAUCAGCGCGGCCGUGACAGUGGAGAGAAGGCACACUACGGAAACCUUAACGGCCGUUGGUACUCAGGUGCUGAAGUCCUGUCUGGCCCUAUCUUCGGUUAGGCCCACCGUGCUAAAGGAGACUUCAAAGGACCCAAGGCUGGCAAGUAGACAGCGUGAUGCCACAAAAAAUCAGCUGUCCACUGAGAAAGGCCCAGCUGCUGCUAACAGGAUGCAAAGCUCCAGCACCCCCGGCAAGACUUUACCAGUGCCAGUUAGAGGUGACGGAGGAGCGCCUCCUGUCAGAGAGCGUCCUCCACGAUGGGAUGACCAAGCCCGCCCUCAGAAAAGGCCUCUGGACUCGAGGGAAUAUGACGUUUCACAUAAGCGGCAAAAGUGACAACAGCGGAGGUCAUGGAAGGCAGCAUGAUGAGCCCAUGGAGGUUUUACUUGUGAUGCCGUUGUUGGCCCACUGGUACGGUGGCCUGAAAAUGGCGCGUCCCCAACCCUAAGUUCAUCUUUAGCUGAGGGGGGUCCUGUUGAGUUGGUUUAUGUUAAUGUCAUUUCAUGUUUACUUGAUGGCCACGUGUUUUGUUUUUGUUUGUGUUUUUUUUUUUUUUUAUUUAAAUGUAUUGUUUUGUUGAAAAAGUGCACUUUUUAAAAUGAAACUACCUCUUGACAAAGAUAAAGCAAAAAAGUCCUGCCCUCCGAAGAGUGCUGCUCUUCCAAACUUACAGCCCAUCAGGCAGAGGAAAGGCAAGCGCUUAGUGAAGAUCAUAGUAGAGAGAGCCGAUGGGUGGUCCCACUCAAGAAAUAUUCGAAAGAAAAGCUGUGGUUUGUCUAAGUGACCGCUGAUGUCUCUGCCUGAGCUCCUAUGUCGGGAUGUUCCAAUUCUUCAAUUUGAAAGCAGAUUGUAUUGUUUGGGGGAUUCGGUAGCGGAGCCAACACAAAUACUCCACAUCUUACCUAAAGACUCAUUUGGGAUGUCAGUGGGAUCCUGUAGUGUCACAUGUAGGUUAGCUGAAGGGUGACAGUCCUCACCCCGGAGUGGUGGGCACAACUAAAACUCAACAAGUUAGUGUUGGCUGUGGCCUGGAAGGUGAGGGGUCCGAAGCUGACCUUUAUCCAUUUGCAGAGCUCCACAAGUGGGUAACGCGUCUGCUCUCUGGGGGUCUUGGAACUCAAAGGGCCUUUGUGUUAUUAUGAAUGCACCAUGCUGGAGUCGCAGUAGCAGCAGCUUUGAACAUUUUUAUUAUUCUCCAAAUCUCCUCCUCCUUUUAAGAAAUGAUUUUAUGUUUUAAUUGUUUUUGCCAUCCAUGUUACAAGUAAACUUCAGAUAUUUUUAAGGUGGGUUUCAGUCUGGGCUCUCUAGUGCCUGUUGUGACGCCAGCUUGUCUUCCUUCAUGAGCGAGGUUUGCACUUUAGUUCAGGCUCCUCUCAGGCAAAGUAUUCCUGCGUGUCCAGAAGCAUUAAAUGGAGGCUGGAGCCUGAGCGAUGGCACAGAAACGCACACCAUGAUUAACUGUUAAUGCAGCCGCGCCUGUUCGGUGGACUCAUUUAAUGGUUGUUCACACUUUGUGACUGUUUGGCUUUUUUGGUUUUGUUGUUUUCAGUUCAGCCAAAUACUCAAGAAUGGGCCUGCAUGAUGAUGAGGGCAGGGAGUGAGGCUGGCAUGGCCUAGCGCUUGGCAUUCUUACUCAAGUUACAAGUGUCAGUGUUUUAAAAUGUUGUUAGAUUUCUCAUUUCUGACUCCUACAGUUCCUCAUUCUAUCUUAACAGACGCUCUGCUCCAACUCUUUAUGUAGAGGCUGGUCCUUUAUCAUUUAAGUGCAGGAUUGGCCACUGGCGCUGACUGCCAACGUCUGGCUGCGGGCUUCCAGUGGCUGCUUUGGUAUCCCCAUACAUGUCCAGUUCCAUUUCUGCAGUUUUGGGGUCUGACCCAUCAUGGCUUUGGUGAGGUGGGCUGGACAUCUUCAGUCUGCCUGCUUAGUCGGGGGGGCUGACGCCCUUUUAAAUUCUCUUUGUAAAUACUCCCUUGUAGAUAACGCGAAAGUUGAUUUAUAUAUGUCCUUUUUUACGUUUCCUGCAAAGCUAUUAAACUGAAAAACAAAACC